AUGGCCUUGGAAAACCAAACAACGAUGCCACAUUUUCAAAAUUCCUCUUCAUCAGAUGGAUCAUCGCCUGUCACCUUUGUCUCUGAGAGCAGCAAAUCUGAGGUUCGAAGUCAUGCGAUGCGGCAUCACUGGAGACGGCGACAGAGACGCAAUUCUGAGAUCAAGCUCCAUCACAAGCAAACAUGCCGAAAAUUGCUCCCGGGCCCUAUGGUGAAAGCGCAAGUCUCUAAACCUAAGAAAAACGACACAAACGGCCUUGUUGGCAGACAACGCGAUAAUUUCAAUAUAGAAGAUGACCAAGGGGACGAUGACCAAGUGGGAGUUUAUAAACAGUCGGAUUUCAGUAUUGCUCUACAAUUAUUGCGCGGUUUCGAUCACGCUCUAUCGACUUCGACGUUUGACCCAUUCCAAACAUGUCCUAUUCAGCUUACACCCCAACAUCACAAACUAUUACAUCAUUGGAUAAGCACACAUGCCGCAAUGAUGUUCGAAGAUCUGAAUAUAACAGAUUUCAAUCCGAUGAAGGAUGUCUGGUUCCCGCUGGAUCUUUCAAAUGCUUCGUCUUUCAAUUGCGUCAUGGCACAUUCAGCUGCCCAUAUAGCUCACCUCUAUUCUGGAACUAGUUCAGGACGAGAGACAAGUUCCUCUGAUGCUUUAAUGUUCAAGGCAGAGGCUGUGAGAAUACUAAACCUAUGGCUUGCCGAUCCUGGAAAGAAGCUGAGCGACGAUGCAUUCGCUGCUGUUAUUCGUCUUCUCACAUUUGAGAGAUACUGGGGAACAGAGGCAGAAUGGAAUGUCCACCGUAAUGGUCUCAAAGGGAUGAUUGAAGCGAAAGGCGGAGUCGAAAAUCUACACGAUAACUGGAGGCUGGAGCUUGUGGUUUAUCUGUGGGCAUUUUUCUUGUCUGAUUGA